AAUAUUUCAAAGCCGGUGGGACGAGUCUCCUCUCGUCCUGUUCUAUUCUCUCCGGUGCGAACUGUAAUCGCAUUUGUCGACACACGGUUUCCAAUCCUCUCCGAUAAAUUUGCAAUUUUGAUUCAAUCUGCUUUCAAUUCCCUUUUUGGGCGCUCUUCAAUCAUCGGCUCGAAUUCUUUCCCGCCAAACAUCGAGUCUCCGCUAUAAAUACUGAUUCUGUGCUUUGCCCCCGAAAUUUCCGCCGCCUUAAAAAAAUUUCAAUUUCUAGGGUUUUGCUUUGUGGCGGUUGUUUGAGCUCUUUUGCUCGUCAAGCAGCGUUCUUGAAUACUCCGUCGCGAUGAGUGCCGUCAAUAUCAAAGAUGUGACCGUGCUGAGCAAUCCGGCGCCGUUUCUCGAUCCUUUCCAGUUUGAAAUCUCGUACGAGUGUUUGGCUCCCCUCAAAGACGAUUUGGAAUGGAAGCUAAUCUAUGUUGGAUCGGCUGAGGAUGAAACUUACGAUCAAGUUCUAGAAAGUGUGCUAGUUGGGCCCAUCAAUGUUGGCAAUUACCGAUUUGUCUUUCAGGCUGAUCCACCGGACCCCUCAAAAAUUCGCGAGGAAGACAUCAUAGGAGUCACAGUGCUUCUCCUCACUUGCUCUUAUCAAGGACAAGAAUUCGUUCGAGUAGGAUACUACAUCAACAACGACUAUGAAGAUGAAAAGCUGAGAGAAGAACCUCCUCAGAAAGUUCUUCUAGAUAAGGUCCAAAGAAACAUUUUGGCCGACAAGCCUAGAGUGACGAAGUUUCCUAUUAACUUCCACCCUGAAAACAAUGCUAACGAAGAACAGCCAUGUCCCCCAUCGGAGACUGUUAAGGAAUCUGCCGAACAAGGAAAUGAUCCUACUAGCCCCAAUCAGUCAUCCAUUGAGUGCUCCUAAAAUCCAGGCAUCAAGAUCAUGAUUUUCUAUUAUGAUACUUUGCUUGUGAGGUUAUUGUCAGUUGUACCUGAAUUUAUAAGUUACUG